AACAGCGUGCGGAUUAUACUAACCUUAGUGGGCAAAAGACUGAAAGAGACAGAAAUGAAGGAUUUGUCGUAUCAGGGACGGGAAGAAACCAAAAUCAUUGGCUGAUCCGGACCCAGACCCCAAAACCACCAGCAAAUUACUCCUCUUGUUGACGGUUUUUCCAAAACUUCAGCUCCUUUUCAAGUAUCUGCCUUUCCAUCCCUCUCUCCCUAUAUAUAAAAGAGCCCCUCCAUUUGAUUUUCUAUAUCAAGCACAUAUCCUUCUCAGAUCAAUUGUAUUCUCUAGUACACAAAAUUUUGCAAUUCCUAAUUUCAAGAGCAAAUCAGUCUAAUUGUGAAGAGUUACACGAAGAAGAUGAGUUCAACAAGCAGAGCUAUUGUAGCAGCCAGCUUAGGAGUCGUGGAGGCCAUGAAAGACCAGAUGGGCAUCUGCAGAUGGAAUUAUAUUAUAAGAUCAGCGCAGCAAAAUACAAAGAACCAUCUCCGGUCGUUAUCUCAGGCAAAGAACCUCUCGUCUUCAACUUCUGCAGUGGUUUCAAGCAAAGUAAGAGAUCAUCAGGAGAAAAUGAAGAAGUCAGAAGAGUCUUUGAGGACAGUCAUGUACUUGAGCUGUUGGGGUCCCAAUUGAGGCUUUGAGGUCUGCUGAAGAAAGCGAGCCACCGAGUAGUUCUCGGAGACGUCGUUGCCUGGAGGGAAAUGUCAGUCCGAGCUUGUCAUAGCGGAAAUUGUAGACUUAAACAUGGCAUUUGGUUGAUGCAAAAUUAUUAAUAGUAAGGAAAAUAUUAUUGCAAGCGAGUUUGUGCACUAAAUCAAACACUAAUUCU